AUGGCGAGAAUUUUUGUUGUCAAUUUCAAAAUUCUGAUUGCGUUUUCUGCGACAUUUUUCUUAGCAUCGAGGGAUGUAGCUCAUUGCUCUGACAUAUCAAAAUCCUUCUUUCAAAAUGAGGCCAAUGACUUAGACGCUGGUUGUUUGCACAUUUUUACUCAUGACGAUUAUGCAAGUGACUUCACGUUCACCCUAGAACAGGAGAAAUUAUUUCUGUUAGAAUUAUACAAGGCAACUGGUGGUCGUGACUGGUAUAAUAAUAGUGGCUGGCAAAAUGACGUCAACACGGAUCACUGCAACUGGUAUGGCAUACAAUGCUAUGAAAUCAGCGGUUACAUUAAGUCCAUUGACCUUACCGCAAACUUGGUGAAAAAUACACCGCCAAAUUUUUGGAGAUUUCGAAACCUUCAAGGCUUAUGUUUAUCGCAAAAUAACAAAAUGACUGGUAAGAUAUCUGACAUUCUAUCCAGCAAUAUGACACGACUUCGAAGAGUUUCCUUGUCCUACACAGGGGUGAAAAGAGAGAUUCCAUGGAAAUUAAUAAUGCAAUUUUCCGAUUUGGAAAUUCUACAGUUAUGCUGCAUGACGGGAAAGCGGUUUUACAAGAAUGAUCUACCUGCUAAUCUGGGCUCCUUGAGAAAAUUGCAAGUCUUAAGUAUUGGUAGAAACCAAAUAAGUAAAGUACAUCUACCUCAGAGCAUAAGAAAUGCGACGAAUUUAUGGUUUUUGGACUUGGAAGACAUCCAACUAAAAUCUGGUAAUUUGACUUAUUUCAACAAUAUGAAACACCUGAAGUACUUGAAUAUCAAAAAUUGCCGGCUCAAAGGGAUAGUUCCUAAGGACUUUGGUUUAACUCAUCCUGAAAUGAUUGAGUUAGAUAUGUUUGGCAAUCGAUUGAAAGGCGACAUUAGUUCGUGUUUUUUUGGUUUUAAAAAUAUCGAGCGAAUUUCUUUGGGGUCCAACAAACGCUUAACCGGCAUAAUACCAAAUAUUUUUGGAGAAUUCGGCGUCUUGAAAGAACUUGACUUGUCUGGUAAUAAUUUUACCGGCCUCGACGCAAAUUUCAUGUUCGGCAAACAGUUCCAGUCUCUUUAUAUUGAUCAAAAUGUAAAUCUAAAUGUCCGAGUGGAAAACUUCAUAAGUGCAUUUCGACAUUGUCAUGAAAAACUGCGCUUGGUUGUUGCGAGGAAUGCUGGUUUGAAAGGCCAUUUAUGGCUUCCGACGAUGAAAUUUCCUAAUGCAAUGUACAUAGACUUGAGUACCAAUGUUUUAACGGGAGAAUUGCCUUCGCUUGUGGCAUCUGAUUUGCUUUACCUCAACUUGUCGAACAAUAAUUUUACGGAAUUCUCCUCGAGGAAUUUUUUCGCAAGUUUAAAAACUCUCAAGUAUUUAGAUCUACGAGGAAAUCCGUACCUGUUUCAAGACAAGCCGGUUGACAAGUGGAUGGAUCUCGAACCGUCAUUCCAUGAUACUGUGCAAUAUUCUACGUACCGUUGCCCUACAUUCUUUUUCAAAAAGACAAGGGGUGAAGUGUACCUAGAUCCGGCAUUUUACAACUAUUCUCAAUGUAUUUGUAAGGAUGACCACUACGGGUUUAAGAAUUUUUGCAUGCCCUGUAUGCCCGGGGGGUCGUGUAGCAACAGUGAUAAUUUAGAAAUAUCAUCCACCAAUGACAGAUACGUAAAUAUGACGAUUAAGAAGGGAUAUUGGCCAUAUAGUGGCAAUUAUACCAACGUUACGCGUUUGAUAAACUGUAAGAACCACAAACACGAAUUUGAUGACGAAGUUUGCAACCCCUCCGGGAAUUGUCAGUGUGGACUACAAAUCGUGAAUAAUCAGCCCCAAACAAACUGUAAUACGUCGUGUCUAUGUCGUUAUGGAAAUAAGGGACGCUUUUGUUCUCGGUGCAUCAAAGGCUAUAUUAAGAGAGGCGCCAUUUGCAUCCCUUGUCCCCAUUUUCAAAUUAUUGCUCUUGUCUUGUCAAUUCUUGUUGCCAUCGCAACCGUAUUUCUGUUCAAGUAUAAAAGGAAGUGGAGGAAACAUCUGUUGGCACUUGCGUUCUCUCUCGUCGCAGUAUUAGUUGUUCUUCAAUGGUUAAAAAUAAUCAGGGAAUCGGUUUUGGUUAUCGUUUGUGCCGUUUGGAUCUGGGCAUUGGUCUUUUUUAAUUUGAACGGUUCAGAAGGCUUUCGAUACAUCGCCGUGUUUUAUUUUCAAUCUUUGAAUGCCAUGUUUGAUUACGCAAACGUUUGGCCACAAGAAAUAGUCUUCAUCAAAUACAAGAUCAAGACGAUAUUCAGCCCUGAUUGGACAGAGUUUACAUGCGAAUUUAGUAAGAGAGACAUUCCUACGGAAUUGGAUUUCGUUCUCACCUUAUCCAUCCCAGUAGGAUUAGUUUUUUUAAUUUGGUUGGUCUUUUUAGUCAAAACACAAAUAGCCAAAAAAUGGGUAAUUCUUCGAACCCAAAGCUUAAAUUAUAAAAGCGCUACGAUUCAGGUCAUUUUGUUCUUUUACUUUCCCAUAGGAACAAAGACAAUUGACGCUUCUUUGCUGUUUGAACAUCGCUACGAAUUGUCAUAUUUGAAAGCGACACCAUGGUUGGAAUAUAAUGGUUUUUCAUUCAAUUAUUUUCGCUUUUUUGGUUAUUCUUCCAUUAUAGUGAUUGUUGUUUUAGUUCCUAUUGUUUUAUUUUGUCUUUACGUAAGAUACAUCGAUGAUAAUGACAACGUGGACAACAAGACAUGGUUGAAACCGCUACACAAAAUGCUAACACCAAAAUGCCGGCGGUAUUUUCCUUUCUUUCAUUUUGUGCGACCACUUCUUCUAGCUAUUCCGUUGAGUGUACUUGAAAAAUCAUCAGUUCAGGGUGUCGUUGUAACAGCUGCGCUGUUGAUAUUUAUUAUAAUUACUUCACUUUAUCGUCCAUACAAAAAGUACUCGGAUAAGUUUGAUUUCGAAACGUUGGCAGACGUUGUUGUCUGUUCUGUUUUGCUUUUAUCUUUUGUCGGUGUUGAUGAAGUUCCACGGCGGAUUGUAGCAAAGGCGAUUCUUAAAGUGGUUGGGAAAGAUGUCCAGGAAGCAGCAGGGCCUUUACAAGCAUGUGCAGGUCAUGAAGCAGGUUGUGAAGCGGCAAUCCACGGCUAUUCGUGCUAA